AUGGAAGUGGUGGCUGCAGUCCUCAAUUCACUUUUAGCAGAACCUUGUCGACUCCUAGUUAGAUCAAUUUACAGCAGGAUCAGUAACUUCUUGAAGAGUCAGAAGAAUUUUAUUGAUCUGCAGAAUAACAUAAAGUCUCUGGUGUAUCUUAGAGAUGAUUUGCGGCUAGAAUUGGAUGAGAAUGAACGACAUGAGAAUCUACCCAGAACCCAGGUGGAAGAAUGGCUGAAAAGGGCUGACGAGUUGGAGGUUAAAGUGAAUGCAUUACCCAGUGGAGAUAGUUGCAGGCUGCGUUAUAAAUUAAGCAGAAAACUUGUAAAAUUGCUUAAGGAAGCGAAACAGCUUAUGGAAGCUGGCAGUUUCUUCGAGAAUAUGUUGGUUGUAACUGAGAGGCCGAAAACAGUUGAGCAUAUUCCGGGUCCUUCGAUUAUGGGUCAGAAAACAGCAUCGCUGAAUUUGUCGAAGAUAAUGGAACUUUUGAUCAAUGACAAGGUUAAGAGAAUUGGGAUUUGUGGGAUGGGGGGAGUAGGCAAAUCUACUUUGGUGAAGAAUUUGAAUAAUGAGCUCAACAAGAUGCCUUCAGCACAACCUUUCAGUGUUAUAAUAUGGGCUACGUCGUCCAGAGAGACGAACUUGAGAAGAAUUCAGAUACAAAUUGCUGAGAUGUUGAAUUUGCAGGUGAAGAUGGAGGAGAGUGAAGAAAGAAUUGGCAUUCGACUGCAUAAAAGGCUCAAAAAAGAGAGAGGAUUUCUCCUUAUUUUGGAUGAUGUUUGGGAUGCGAUUGAUCUAGACCUUUUGGGCGUCCCACGCCCUGAAGUUCAUGUCGGGAGCAAGAUCAUACUGACAUCUCGUUCAUUGGACGUAUGCAGAGAGAUGUUGACAGAUAUCAAUAUUGAAGUGAAUGCCCUAAAUGGUGAAGAGGCUUGGGAAUUGUUUUAUCAGCACGCAGGGCAAAUAGUCGAGGCAGAAAAUAUUAGACCUUUAGCUGAGGCGGUUGCCAAGGAAUGUGGUGGCUUGCCUUUAGCUAUCACUGUCGUUGGAGCGUCUAUGAGGGGAAAAUCAAUGGUUCCACUCUGGAAAGACGCCUUGAGCACGUUGCAAAGGUCCGUCCCUCUUAUCAAAGGGAUUGAAGAUAAGGUAUUCAAUACCUUAAAAUGGAGUUACGAUUCAUUGCAAGAUGAGCACAUCAAAUCUUGUUUUCUGUUUUGCUGUUUGUAUCCAGAGGACUGGACAAUUGAGGUAUGUGAACUUGUCCGAUAUUGGUUUUCUGAAGGUUUACUCGAUGAAUGCCUAAACUACGAGGAACUAGAAAAUCGAGGUAUAGCUAUUGUCCAAAGUCUAAGAGAUUCCUGUUUGUUGGAACAAGGUAUGUUUCCAAAUACUGUAAAGAUGCAUGAUGUAGUUCGUGAUGUUUGUAUAUGGAUGGUGUGUUCAUCUCAGAAUCGAUACAGAUCUUUGAUUCGAUCAGGAAUUGGCUUGACUUGGAUAUCAGAGCAAGAAUUUCCAAGUUCUCUCAAGAGAGUUUCUUUGAUGAAUAAUGAAAUAGAAAGCCUGCCUGAUUGCACAGUAAAAUGUGCAGAAGCAUCAACUUUGCUCCUAAGUGGUAAUCAUAACCUUAAGAUUGUUCCUGGCUCCUUCCUGCAAGGGUUUCAAUCUCUCAGGAUCUUGAAUUUAAGUGGAAGCAAGAUUCAAUCCUUGCCUUCGACUCUUGUUCAACUAGGAGAUCUUCGAGCUCUCCUUCUCCAUCGUUGUUUCUCUCUAACAGAGUUACCCUCUUUAGAAGGUCUAAGUAAGCUUCAAGUGCUUGAUUGUAGUGGCAGUUGCAUCACUCAACUACCGUCAGGGCUGGCGAAAUUGACAGAUUUGAGGCAACUAGACAUAUCUGAGACUUCCUGUUUACGAACAAUCCCAUCUAGAACGAUUUCCAGCUUGCGUAAUCUGGAGUUCUUAAACCUGGUACAUACUGCAUACAAGUGGUGCGCGAAGGGAGAGUCGGUCGAGGGACAAACACCCUUCGAAGAAGUGCUGUGCCUCAAGAAAUUAGUCACACUUUAUGUUCUAUUGGACUAUAUCCCCUGUCUCACCUCCAAUGAAAUCAACUGGUCCAGAAGAAUUAAAAGAUUCAAACUUUUUAUUGGUGAAGGCGCUCAUAUGCAUGAUAACAUUUUAACUGACUAUGAUGACAACUGUGUGAUUCUUAAUCGACUCUCUUUCUCUCGAGAAUGGAUUGGGGGGUUAUUAAGUAAUGCAUCUUCACUACGAAUUAGUUUCUGUGAAGGACUUAAUCAGAUGCUCGAGAAGUUGGUAAUAGACAGCACUAAAGUUGGAUGUUUUGCUGGUAUGAAGUUGCUAAAGAUUUCGUUCUCUCACAGCACCUUGAAGCCUACUCCUGGAGGAUUCAUUGCAUCUUUUGACCUGCUACCAAAUCUAGAAGAAAUUUACCUCCAUUCUUUGAGUAAAUUGGAAAGCAUUUCGGAUUUUGGGUAUUUUCUUGGUCUACGUUUAUCUAAACUAAGGAUCAUAGAUGUUUUUAGUUGUCCCCAACUAAAACAUCUUUUCUCUGUUGAGGGUACGGGGCGAACCUUGAUUAAACUAGAAGAGGUCAGAAUAGAAUCAUGUGAGAGGUUGAAAGUGCUAUUCGAGUAUCCUAAUUUGGGGCAACAAUUAGAGACGGACUGUGUUGCCCCUAACCUAAGAGUGCUGAAGUUGAAGAACCUUCAAAAUUUAGAGGCUCUAAGCAGGCAUAAUGAAUCAUGGCAGCAUCUGCAGCAGCUUAAAUUGCUCAACUGCAAUCAAAUAAGGAAGCUACCUCUCACUACCCAAAACAAGCACUCGAUAAAGGAAGAAAUAGGGGAGUUGGAGUGGUGGAAUGGAACCGACUAG